UGGUACUCCGAACAAAACAGUUUGGUUUCGGUAGUGCGCACUUGAACAGGUAGCGAUUAUUUCGAUUUUGCCCAGAAGACUUUGGUACCCGUGCAACCAGUACUUUUUUAUUUCUCUUCUGCUGCAUUUCUUUGCGGGUCAAGGUGGGACGUUAGUGGUAACCUUGAUGGCCAUUUGAUAAUAUCUUCCGUGCGUUAAUAUUGCAACAAAUGCGCGCCCAAUACUAUUUAUUAAUUAUUUUCGAUAAAUAAAUGUUCAUUCAGUUAGUAAGUUCACUUGCCUUUGAAUUGGUCAAUAGUUUAGAAACGAUAAUUUUCCGGUCGCAAUGGCAAAUGUUAAUGAAGCACCAUUGGAAUUGGCAGAUCAGCAAUCAAGUUCACCUUUUAUAAAAGUUCGAUAUAUACAAGUCGUUCUUUUAUUUUUUAUGCUGGGAAUUUCAUUCAGCAUUAGAAUAUGUUUGUCAGUUGCCAUUGUUGCCAUGACCUCAAAUAGUACUUCUAGUAAUCCAGAUGUUCCAUAUUAUGAUUGGGGUAAUUCGAAUAUCAUUCUCUCCUCGUUCUACUGGAGUUACGCUAUACUUCAGUUUGUGGCCGGCAAUUUUGUUCAUUGGUUUGGCACAAAAAAAUUAAUUUUGGUGUCAAUUUUUGCAAAUUCCGUAACAUGUGCCCUCAUUCCAUUGGCAGCAAAGUGUGCCGGAGCUAACGGAGUGAUGGUUUUACGUGUUAUUCAAGGGCUCUUUCAAGGGUUUCUACUUCCCUGCAUGAAUGGGGUGUUGGGAAGAUGGUUACCACCAACUGAACUAUCUUACCUCACAUCAAUAGUUUUUUCAGGUUAUCAGGUGGGAGCUAUAGCUUCAACAGUAAUUACUGGCUAUUUCUCAGCUUCUCAUUGGGGUUGGCCCGCAGCAUUUUACUUAUUUGCCGCUCUUGGGUUUGUUUGGUGCAUAUUUUGGGCAUUUCUUAGUGCCGAGACUCCAGCAACACAUCCGUCAAUUACGAAAGAGGAGCGAAAAUAUAUAGAGCAUUCACUUGGCCAACAGGAUGAUCAUUUGAUUGGCAAAAAAUCGAUUCCAUGGAGUGCCAUUUUGAAGUCGGUGCCCUAUUGGGCCAUUAUAAUUGCGGCUAUUGGAGAGUCAUGGUCGACCACAUUUUUAUCGGCUGAACUGCCCAGUUAUCUAAGUUAUGCAAUUGGGCUUGACAUUCAGGAAAGUAGCCUAUUUUCUGCUGCUCCAGUAGUAGGGGCAUUGAUUGGAUGCCUUUGCUAUAGCCCUAUCGCAGGAUACGCCAUAAAAAAGGGUUACAUUACAACUAUAAAUUCCCGAAGAUUUUUUCAGGGAUUUAGUAUGUUUUCUGUCAGUAUCGGUUUUCUGCUGCUUCCUUAUAUAGUGGAUAGAACCAUAAUAGCAGUUGUUCUGAUUGGAUCCACAACUGCAGGCGCUGCAGUUAUAGGUGGUCAUAUAAUUAACCAUCUCGAUUUGUCUCCAAGAUAUGCAGCUAUACUCUCAGGAAUCUCAAAUGGGAUCGGGCAGUUAAUUGCUAUUUUUGCUCCCAUUUUAGUGCAUUUUAUUGUAACCGAUCAGACUGAUGCCAGACUUUGGGGAUAUACUUUUGUACUAUCGGCCAUAGUAGGGAUAUCAACGACGAUCUUCUUUAUUUGGUUUUGUUCUGGUGAAAGGCAAUGGUGGGAUGAGGUGGACAAAAAACGAUACGAAGCCUCAACUGAAACUCCUCUACCCGAAUAUGGUAAAACAAAUCCCGCAUUUAGCGGCGAAACAUGACGGAUGCUUUAUUUACUUAUUUUGUAUUUUGCAUAGAGCAAUAUAAAAUUAAAUACAA